AUUUUCUCUAAACUUAGUCAUUAAGGACAAAAAAUCUCAAAUAUCCAAUACUUAUCCAAGAAUAUCCCUUUCAUGCUCUUAUAAAUAGUGACUGAAAGUGAUGCAGAAAAAUCAAUUAUUUUCUUCAAUUCCAUUGCUUUUCUUGUUAUUUGCAGCGAUAAUAACAUCAAUGGGAGAUUCACAAACUUCACAACCCUCAAAUGAAUCCAAAGUUCAUAUAGUGUAUACUGAGAAACCUGAAGAUCAAGAACCUGAACAGUAUCAUAUCAAAACCCUAGCUUCUGUUCUUGGCAGUGAGGAGGCUGCGAAAGAGGCGUUGAUAUACAGUUACAAGCAUGCAGCCAGUGGAUUCUCAGCAAAGCUGACUCCUGAGCAGGUCUCUGAGCUCUCAAAGCAACCUGGAGUGCUGCAAGUUGUUCCAAGCCAAACAGUUCAGUUGCACACUGGGCGCGUCUGAAGGACAACACUUGAGACAUCACCUCCAAAACAAGUUUCUUCAUGUAUUAUAGACUUGUUAUCUAUGCUUGUUUCUAUUGUGUUUUGAACUUGGAUUGAAAGAAUAUCCAUAUUCCCUAAUAUAAUUUGUGGUACUUAACGCUGUAAUGCUUGCUUUAACUAUAUAAAAAUAAAAUCGUC